AUGCUCCAAGAAAUCGACGAAGCGAGAGCCUUCCUCCGACAACCCUCAAGGAAUCCUUAUCCCGCCAUCCGAACAUGGAGCAAGCCCUCCUGCGUGUGGGGCGGUGCUGGCCUUCCAGCGCAUAGUCGAUGCGGGACAGGGAGCGCCCAAAUGUUCAGCACGAGGACCUUCUCGAAGUUGGCAGCGGUUACGUUGGUGUCCGCCUUGCAGGGGAACCCGUUCAAUUUCGGCCCUACAAAAAAUUGGGGAUUUUAG